AUGGAGAUAUUUUCCUGUAAUAUGGCCUCACUGUUUCUGCUGCUUGCGUUCCGGCGUCCGGGGCGAUUGUCCCUUGUGUAUUUUUUCAAAGAAGUUUCCCAGUGGCAGAAACCCGCUGAGUGGACGCUCCCGGAUAUGACCCAGGGUGAACUUCGCAAAAUAAUUAGUGACAGGCGUUCCGAAAGUCAACCUGUCAAGCGCUCCUUUUCUUCAUUGCAUAAAUCGGAGGGCGUUAGGUCACGAAACCAGGAAAAUGCCUCUUCUCCUAAACGUCAAAGAUGUCACAACGAUAUUAAAAGUAAUGCCGAUCGCCCCAAAACCGAGGGAAAUUCGCAUAUAGAACAAGGAUCAGGGCACCGGAUUUCUCCAAAAAAAACAGGCCCCUCAGGGUAUGGAGUAACACCAGGCGUCUCUGAUAGUGUUCGGGAGCCUAUUAAUGCUAUAGUUAACAAUUCUUCCUCGUCGAUGACCCUAUGCGCUGUUGCCAUCAAGGAGAACUAUCCGACCUAUUGUGUUUCUGGCGAUCAAAAUUCUACCUGUUCUUCCGUCGCAUCGUCGUCCCAACGUUUGCCUUUAGGUGAUGAGAAGCAGAAUUCGCUGAGCCUAGCUUCAAAAAUAGCAACUAUAAUUUCAUCGCAAUCGAAUCGGAGUCCAAUUUUGCCGCAUGUUUCCUCUGGUCAAAAAAUAAGUAGCGAUCCACAGCCGUCUUCUGCUUCCCAAUCUUCCAGCCCUUGUCCAUCUCGUAAUGAACCGUCUAACUUUACUCCUCAACAAGCCACUCACGGUUUCCAACGUCACACGCGACAGGAGUUGGCAGCUUCCAGCAACACUAAUCUGAUCUCCGACCAAUCUGCACCAUUUGAGCGCAGAUAUUCAUUGCAGGGUGAUAAGCCAUUAAAUUCGCCUCAGCGUACAACUUCUAUAAAGCCAGAUCAGGUGCUUCGGAACUUCGUUUCUGUGUUAAGUCAUGUGGUCGAUCGUCGUGAUCGCCUGUCCAUGACAAAUUUCAACGGAACUAAUAACCGAACGCCUCCUGUUAAUCCCACCCCUCGCUCCCAACAGCCUUCCGUCGCCAAUCUUUUGUCCUCAAUAUUAGGAACACAUACAAAGCCUUCCGAUGGACGACCUCUAACCAACGCAUUGUCUCCAACACCCAACAGGAGUAUGGUAAAUGGCUUGGACAAGACAAAAAGCGAACGUACUCCUACCUGCCCACCCUCCUCCGAUGGCGCUUCAAUUAUAAUUUCCCCAUUGUGUCCUCGAAGUUCUCCUUCACCUGCUAACACGUCUGCUUCCGAUUUCCGGAAUCAUCCCCAAAAACGUCCUAGCCCUCUUGAGCCAUCCUCUGUAGGCAUAGAUGUGCAGCACCACCGGCGUGCUCGAUCAAGUGAUGUUGACGGGACUGCGGUAGCCAUUGCCGCUGCACCCACAGGAAAUCGUCACUUUCUUCUGGCUCUUGACAGCCCUGGGAUGCUUAAGUUCGUCGAUCCGGUCUUAACGGCUCGGUUUCAGCACCCAGUGGCUGACUCUCUUGAGAGCGAGGCUCAGUCGGUGCUGCGGAAUUUCGACCGGCUACACAGCGUCCUGUACAGCGAACUGUCUGGGGAACUAAAGAAACUCCGCGCUUUAGUGGGCAUAAGUGAAACAAAGUUGAAAAUCCAUCAAAAAAGGAAGGAGUCUCUCCAACAGUUAAUGAAUGCCAUCGAGUCCAGACGAGCAUUGCCAUCGUUAAGUUCCCCUGACCCCGUGGUUUGA